AGAGAGAGAGAGAGAGAGAGAGAGAGAGAGAGAGAGAGAGAGAGAGAGAGAGUCUGUCUGACCAGCGGCAUCCUCCAGAAGCCUUCUCCUUCUAAGUUUGCGUCUCCACCGGGCUACACCGGGAGUUGUGCUCCGCCGCAGUGAUGGACCAUCGGAAGUCCACUGGAUCACUAUUAAUUGGAGUUUACCUGUGGGCGACGUUCUGCUGUCAAGGCUGUCAUGGUGGCGUACACCAAAGAAAGCUGUAUCGUGACCUCAUGGUCAACUACAAUCGUCUGGAGAGACCUGUCCAAAACGACUCUGCGCCCAUUGUGGUGGAACUAGGGCUCACUCUGCUGCAAAUCAUUGAUGUGGAUGAGAAGAACCAAGUGUUGAUCACCAACGCCUGGCUCCAGCUGUAUUGGACAGAUAUUUACCUUUCAUGGAACCAAGAGAGCUAUCCUGGGGUUCAAAACCUUCGCUUCCCCUCCCAUUUGAUAUGGGUCCCAGAUAUCCUCCUCUAUAACAGUGCUGAUGAGAGAUUUGAUGCAACGUUUCAUACAAAUGUGCUGGUCAAUGCUUCAGGAGCCUGCCAGUACAUUCCACCAGGCAUCCUGAAGAGCACCUGUUACAUCGAUGUGCGGUGGUUCCCUUUCGAUGUACAGAAGUGUGACCUGAAAUUUGGCUCCUGGACCCACAAUGGCUGGCUGCUGGACCUGCAGAUGAUGGAUGUGGACAUCUCUACCUACAUACCAAAUGGAGAGUGGGACCUUGUGGGUGUGCCAGCAAAGCGUAAUGAGCUGUAUUAUGACUGCUGUAAAGAGCCGUACCCUGAUGUGACGUUCACUGUCACCAUGCGGCGCAGGACACUCUACUACGGCCUCAACCUGCUCAUCCCCUGCGUGCUCAUCUCUGGUCUGGCUCUGCUGGUCUUCUUGCUCCCUGCAGACUCCGGAGAGAAGAUCUCGCUGGGCAUCACAGUGCUGCUGUCACUCACUGUGUUCAUGCUGCUGGUAGCGGAGAUCAUGCCUGCCACUUCAGACUCUGUUCCCCUGAUUGCGCAGUACUUUGCCAGCACCAUGAUGAUUGUGGGCUUGUCUGUGGUGGUCACAGUGCUGGUGCUACAGUUCCACCACCAUGACCCUCAUGGAGGAAAGAUGCCUAAAUGGGUUCGAGUCAUCCUCCUAAACUGGUGCGCUUGGUUUCUACGUAUGAAGAAGCCUGGGGAGGACAGAAAAACAGCUGUGAGCUCCAGCAGCCCAGCGGUUUACAAGUACUCCCACCCUCCACCUCACCAUACCAGCACCAGCAGCAUCCAGAUGACCACCAUACCGGGCCAGGCCUCCAACCAGUCCGCCACGACCAACGGGAACAUGAACCUCUACUUCGGCUACCACUCCAUGGGUACGGACAAUCCCGCUUUCCCACCGAGUACAGAAUCAGGGGUGGUGGUGUGCGGUGGGGGAAACCAUCCUAACACCUCGUCGCUGCAUGACACCAACACGGAGCAGACGCGAACUUUACUGCUGGACCAGCUUCCGGAAAUUUCUCGCAUCCUGGAGGAAGUGCAGUACAUUGCCAGGCGCUUCCGAGAGCAGGACGAAGGGGAGGCGAUCUGCAGCGAGUGGAAGUUUGCGGCAGCCGUAGUGGACCGCUUGUGUUUGGUGGCCUUCUCGCUCUUUUCCAUCAUCUGCACCUUCACCAUCCUCAUGUCUGCGCCCAACUUCAUCGAGGCUGUGUCCAAAGACUUCACAUAAGGACGAUCCCUCUCCCCGACACAAGUAGAACAGUGCCACACAAGCCUGCCCGCUACUACGAUGUGAAGCCACACGAGAUCCAGUUCUUUAUUUACAAAUUGUUGCUCUUCAGAAACCUUUCCCUCUAUUUUCACAUAUUUGUCAGUGAUAUGUGGUGUAUGAGGGUGAUGUGGUUUUUCCUUUUCGAGGUGGCUCUCCUUGUGUUCUUACAUGCAGUUUGCCACGUGGGAGGCUGAGGCGACACGCGGCAGUUAAUGAUGUAGAAACUCACACUAAUGCACUUUUUUAUCUGCAUCCUGGCUGCACCACAUCAUUUACCUGCCACAACUUAUUUAGCUUUACAUCGCUACAUAUAAUCCUGCUCAUUUUUCCAUCCUCCUCCCUCUGUCUUUAUUUUCUUUUCACAUAUCUUCUCACUUUCUUCAAUACUGUGGUUAUGUAUCUUCAAGAAAACAUCUUCCAGAGUAGUUUAAGUUGAUU